AUGCUCCCGCAAGAAAUCAUCCGCAAAAAACGCGAUGGCCACGCCCUCAACCACACCGAAAUUACCGAAUUUGUGCAAGGUCUGAGUACCGGCAGCUGGAGCGAAGGCCAAGUAGCCGCGCUGGCUAUGGCUAUCUUUUACCGUGGCAUGACUAUGGAGGAGCGCGUAGAGCUCACCCGCGCCAUGAUGCACUCAGGCACAGUGCUAAACUGGCGCAGCCUAAACCUGGGCGGCCCGGUGCUAGAUAAACACUCCACCGGCGGGGUAGGCGACAAAGUCAGCCUCAUGCUCGCGCCCAUCGUGGCCGCUUGUGGCGGCUUUGUGCCCAUGAUCUCUGGCAGAGGGCUAGGGCACACAGGCGGAACCCUGGACAAAUUUGACAGCAUAGCCGGCUAUCAAACCAGCCCCAGCGUAGAGCUGCUAGAGCGCACCGUGCGCCAAGUCGGUUGCGCCAUCAUCGGCCAAACCGCCGAUUUGGCACCAGCAGACAAGCGGUUUUACAGCAUACGCGAUGUUACCGCCACGGUAGAAUCCAUCCCGCUCAUCACCGCCUCCAUCCUCUCCAAAAAGCUCGCCGCUGGCUUAGAGGGCUUGGUCAUGGACGUAAAAACCGGCAACGGCGCCUUUGCCGCCGAGCUUGGCAUGGCCCAGGAGCUGGCAGCGUCUUUGGUCGGCNAUAACAAUAUUUAA